AUGCCUCUCUUCGGAUCCAAGCGGGAGCCCAGCCCUCCUCCUGCUCCUCCUCAGAAACACUCCAUGUUCUCUCGGCGUCGCUCUUCUUCCCCUUCGUACAGGGAUUCGCGCCAUAGCAGCUCCACUAGCCGCACCACCACGACAUACACCUCGUCCCCUAAGCGUACAUCUGGCAUGUUCAGCCGUGGCUCCGGAGACCCUAGCAUUGCGACUGCUAAGCAGAGUUUGAUGACUGCUGAGGCUGCGGAGAGGGACGCUGACCGUGCGCUCUUUGUCGCCAAGAACGCUGUGAGGGAGGCGCGGGAGCAUGUUCAUCGUUUGGAGCGUGAGGCUGCUGAGGAGGCGAGACUUGCGAAGAUCAAGCAGGGCGAGGCUAAGGCCCUCGGCAAGAAGGGCAAGCUGCUCGGAAGACACGACCAUGUCUAA